AUGCGGCUAUCGCCUGAAGCCGAGGCCUAUCGUCAACACAUACUCAACUACGCUGCACGUUCAUAUACUCGCACGCUUUUCUUUGGCUAUCAUUAUAGAUUUCUCGCCGAGCUGCUCCGAGCUGACGAGGCACAUCUACCCAAGCAACACAGUGACCUCGAGGCGUAUCAUCUUGGAUAUUUAUCUGUAGGGCACGCAUAUCUUAGCAACCUUCAAUUCGUCAUCGAGCAGGAUGUGUCCAUAACCAUUGAGUCAAAUGGGGACGGCUGGACUGACGUGGGAAGCAGAGACCUUUCCCAGAGCCGCACUUACCAUCAUUUCAUCGAAUAUAUGGCAGCCAAGACAGAGACAGGACGCCGAGACAUACGCUUAUUACCUGUACAUGUGCUGGGACAGGAGUCAAGGAUCAAAAAUCCAUGGCCACUGCCCUUCCCUGAUCCCGAUAACCCGCAAGCCACCGAUGAUUCGCUAUUUCAGACAGCGUACCAUCUACCAUCAGAGCUGCAUGUGAUGCUUGAUGAUCAUGAGAUUGCCGGGCAAGAUCCGCUAUACGCCCUCGCACCUAUACUCUUAUUCGCAGCUGCCUCAGAGAUUCAGCUACUAUCGACACUCCAAAAAUGGUACGACAUUAUCGCCUCGACCAAAUGGGAUCGAAAGUACUCAACCGAGCAUAUGGAACAACUCAUAAUGCACAAGCAUCUUUUGGAUGACCACGCCAGUCGACACGAAGAAGUUCUACGAUUCAUCAGCUCGCCAAAAUUAGCUCGAUGGGCAGCCAACCUCACACAAGACCAGAGCGAUGUAGCUCAGGAAGCCAAAGAUGCAGUCAAGGCCGACUACGAGUUUCUCCGAUCACGAUACCGCCAGCUUUCGCUGCAUUACCAGGAAGCGAUAACAAUACUCGUCAGCGCUACUUCGCUCGCAGAAUCGCAGAAACAGAUCACGCUGGCCACCCAGGUUACGAAGCUCACUAUACUUGCGACCAUCUUUCUUCCACUUUCGUAUUGCACUUCUAUAUUCGGCAUGAACUUUGUGGAACUAGAUCAUGGGAUGAGAGGCAAAGACUGUGGGGGUUUUGGGUUACGAUGA